AUGGAGCUACAGCUGGGCCUCUCUCUCCCCACCGCCGUCACGGCGGCGCCUUUCGACUUGAACGGCGGCGCGGAGCUCCAACAGAAGCAUUACUAUGAUAACAAUAACAACGCAAAUAAGCGUGGCUUUGAUCUGGCUUUCCCCUGCACCACUACUACUACAUGUAAGACCGAAUCAUGUGACGUCGACGACGCCAGCGACAUUAGGUCGUCGCCGGAAACGAUAACACUGCCUCUGUUUGUGUGGAGUGCCAACGGCGGCCGGGAGGAGAACAACUUAUCUCAUCACGGUGAUCAUUUCCUACGAAUCCGCAGUGACGUUAAUUAUGAUUACAGGCAAGUUUUACUAAUUUAUGGUGACCUUUUCUCUAUUUAGAACGAGGAGAAGGAGGAUGACGAGGACGACGAGCUGCAAAUCGUUGGAUGGCCACCGAUCAGACCGUGGGGAAGGAACAAGUUCGAGGAGAGCAACGCGAUUGGUCGGAAUAUCUAUGAGAGUACAAUCAGUUGCGGAUUAGAAGAGGCUAGAUCGAUAAUGUCGAUUAACUGUUCCAGAUCCAGUAGGUUUGUGAAGGUGAAGAUGGAAGGCGUAGGCAUCAUACGGAAGAUCGAUCUCAGCAUCUACCAUUCCUACCCUGCCCUCAUCCGCUCCUUGCUGAUCCUCUUCUCCAAACAUUGCCAAAACAAUAGUAGCGAUGAUGACGAAGAUAGCGGGAAAAAAUAUACGCUGAUGUAUCAAAACAAGGCUGGAGACUGGCUAACAGCUGGAGACGUUCCAUGGCAGAAAUUUAUUCGAUCUGUGCAGCGUAUUGAGAUACUCAUGAGAUGAUGUAAUGAGGGUUGUGGAAAUUUAAAGCAAUGUAGCAGCUGGAUGAAGAAAAUGAUCGAUGAUGCGAGGCAGAUAUAUAUUUGUUCGUUAGUACGUGACGGAGCUACUCGAAACAAUUGAUAGUUGUUGUAGGUUAUGUUUCAAUCGAUUUAUAUUACUACCAGAUCUACAUUUAUCAAUUACUCUAAUUGUUAAUGUUACAUUUAUGCGUCAAAGCUUUUCCGUACUAGUAUUUUUCCUUGUAUUAGUAAUUGACGUAUCUAGGGUUUCUUACAAUGUUCAAACUUCAAUUCUUCG